AUGGUUUGUCGUUUUGUUCAUCAUUCAAGGGUCAUUUUUAUUUCCAUUUAUGAUUUCUUGAGUACAAAAGGCAAAAAAAACAUGUAUAAUUAUACACAAGAAAAAAAAACAAAACAAAAGAACACUUUCACACAAGCAAGUAUAUAUUAUGAGAAUUUUUUCGAGUCUUACAGAACCAUAUCUUGCCUCUAA